UCGCAUUACUAGGAUUUUAAACAUGACAUUUUUUUCCAAACAUGACAGAUUACUUUUAUUCAAGGACUAAACAACAUGAUACACCUAUUUUAGAAUUUGCUAUUUUUUUUCUAUUUAGGGUAAUUUCUAUAAAGAAUUUGAAUGGUUGGAACGGCCAUCGAGUGGCAUUCUUUGGGAACAUUAAUUAUCAACCCUAAUUUGAAGAAAUAGAAAAAGAAACGGAAGAAAAAAGCGAAGAAGAGGAUGACGACGUAAGACUGCCUCUCCUCUCUAGGUUACGUAUCUUUCAUCUACAGCAACUCUCUUUUCUCUCCCCCUUUCCCUUACUGUUGAGUGCCACAGCACUCCACUACCUUUUUCUCCCUCAGCUUUAUUCUCUCUCUAUCUGUGACUCUGUGAAGCAAGCAGGAGCUGAAUUAUGACUCUUGAAGAGUCCUUAAGAUCUCUGUCUUUGGAUUAUCUGAAUCUGCUCAUCAACGGCCAGGCUUUCAGCGACGUAACGUUCAGCGUGGAGGGAAGGCUGGUCCAUGCCCACAGGUGCAUCUUAGCGGCCCGCAGCCUCUUCUUCAGGAAAUUCUUCUGCGGCCCGGACUCCCCCGGCGCCGGGGGCGCGUCGUCCUCCCCGCCGGCGGCGGUGAUUCCGGUUAAAUCCGUCGGGUACGAGGUUUUCUUGCUCAUGCUUCAGUUCUUGUACAGCGGCCAAGUGUCUGUUGUGCCCCAGAAGCACGAGCCCAGACCUAACUGCGGGGAGAGAGCGUGCUGGCACACCCAUUGCUCCUCCGCCGUCGAUCUUGCCCUCGACACCCUCUCCGCCGCUAGAUCUUUUGGCGUUGAACAGCUCGCUUUGCUCACCCAGCAGAAGCAAUUGGCAAGCAUGGUGGAGAAGGCUUCCAUUGAGGAUGUGAUGAAGGUUUUGAUAGCUUCAAGGAAGCAAGACAUGCAGCAGCUUUGGACCACUUGCUCACAAUUGGUUGCUAAAUCUGGGCUCCCUCCAGAGGUGUUGGCCAAACACCUCCCCAUUGAGGUUGUGGCCAAAAUCGAGGAGCUCCGCGUUAAGUUCUCUAUUGCGCGGCGCUCUCUAUUUUCUCACCAUCACCACAACCACCACCACGACACAGGCUCGGCGGCCGAAAUGGAGGACCAUAAGAUCCGACGCAUGCGUCGCGCCCUCGACUCAUCAGACGUUGAGCUCGUCAAGCUCAUGGUGAUGGGAGAAGGGUUGAACCUCGACGAGGCGUUGGCCUUGCAUUACGCUGUCGAGAAUUGUAGCCGAGAGGUGGUGAAGGCCCUGCUCGAGCUUGGUGCGGCUGAUGUGGACUACCCGGCUGGACCCGCAGGAAAGACUGCCCUUCACGUCGCCGCCGAGAUGGUGUCGCCGGACAUGGUGUCUGUCCUUCUUGACCACCACGCUGACCCUAAUGUCAGAACCGUAGAUGGAAUCACGCCACUAGAUAUCCUUCGAACCCUAACCUCAGAUUUUUUAUUUAAAGGAACCGUCCCUGGGCUGGCUCGCGUCGAGCCGAAUAAGCUGCGGCUUUGCCUAGAGCUAGUCCAAUCAGCCGCCAUGGUCAUUUCACGUGAAGAAGGGAACAACGCCGCCGCAACCGCCGCCAACCAAACCUCAGGCGCCGUAUAUCAGCCAAUCAGCGAAGAGCAUACGCCCCACAUAAGCGGCGGCAAUAUGGGAAGCAGUCUAAACCUGGAUACCAGGUCCAUGGUGUACCUUAACCUAGGAGCCGCCGCUCAGCAUCAAAUGAACGACAGAGACGAGACCAGCCGCCGCCAAAGCCAGAGCCGAAAUAGCGGAUGCUGCAAUCCACCUUCAAUGUACCACCAUUCUCAUCAUCAUGAGUAUUGAGUGUUAUGUCUCGACUCUUUCAAUUCUGCUUACCUUCGAUAUACUUGAUGAAUGAAUUAAUUUAUUAAUUAGCCAUACUAUGCACGCUCGAAUUCUUGGGUUUUUGUCAGAUAACAUUCAUUAGCAAAAGAUUAGUGUAUUUCGUAAAUUAUACCGUGUUACCGGUGUAACCGGUACAAAAAACGAUGUCGUUUCCUUCUUUUUCAAAUGCUCAUGGAGCACUACGAAUCUUUUCUCUCUUUCCAC